GGAAUUUUCAAUGUAAACAAUCUAAAACGAAACUAGAGGAAAUAAAUCCUCAUUUUACAUUUAUCCAAUUUCCACAUAUACGUAGGCAAUAGUUAAGACAGGGGACUAUGGCCGAGGGAUUACGAGUAGUCCGUGGCCCAGAUUGGAAUCUCGGGAAUGAAGACAAAGGAGAAGGCCAUGUUGGCACUGUUGUCAAGGACAACGGAGAUCAAUCUUAUGAGGUUGUAUGGGACAUGGGAGGCAAAUCUACCUGUAGAGUUGGUAAAGGCGGGAAAUUCGAUCUCCGCAUUUUAGAUAAUGCGCCUACAGGAGUGAAACAUUUGUCUCGGAAGUGUGCAGGUUGUCAGAAGAAUACCAUCCUGGGUGUAUUGUGGAAGUGUGCCUCCUGUGAUGACGUCAACUUAUGUACGCCAUGUUACUACAUGGACAAGCAUGACCUGAAUCAUCCAUUUCAGAGGAUUGAUAAAAAAGAUGCCACAAGUGUCGAUAUUCCAAAAAGAGCUAACAGUGUUAAAAUGAAGGCACUUGGAAUAUUUCCUGGUGCAAAAGUCAUCAGAGGUCCUAACUGGGAAUUCGGUACUCAAGACGGUGGGACUGGAAAGAAAGGAAAAGUGGAAGAUAUUCGUAAUUAUGGAUCAGAUGCAGGUGGAAGGAACUCAGUACGCGUGCGCUGGGAAACGUCAGGGGAGGCUAAUGUGUACCGUGUUGGAUGUCGGGGUAAAGUCGAUCUUCAGUGUGUGGAGGAAGCCCCAGGAGGCUACUACUACAGGGAACAUCUUCCAGUGGCAGGAAAAAUUGCAUUGACACAGCAGAAGAGUGAAAUGAAAAAUUCUUCUGGUCAAUCGUCUGAAUCUGUUUUGAAAAAGGGAGACAAAUGUGUCAUUGAUAUGCCUGAACAGCCUUUGAAAGAACUUCAAAGAGGUCAUGGUGGGUGGUCUGUAAGAAUGUCAGAGUGCAUUGGUGAAAUAGCUGUAGUAAAGGACUUCCCAAGUGAUACAACAGUGGAAGUAGAGUAUAAAGAUAGAACAUAUCAGUUCCAUGCAGGCGCAGUCAGAAAGGUUUACGACAUUAAAAUUGGAGACAUUGUCCAAGUUCUGAAGGAUGAAACAAAAGCAAUUUUGCUUCAAAGAAACCACGGCGGCUGGAAUGACGAAAUGAAAAAGUCGCUGGGACUGGUGGGUAAGGUGGUGAAGAUAGAUUCUGAUGGGGACGUGGCUGUGGCCUUUGGUAACAAGGCGUGGGUGUAUAACCCUGGCCUGCUUGUCCCAGUCAGUGGAAGGAGAGUGGACGUUCUAGAGGACGAAGGAAACGAGGUGGAGGGGCCGUCUCGAUCCAGAGGUUCCCCAGAAUCUGAUCAAAGACACGAGUUAGGGGGGAGUCUUGCACAGCUAAUGGCGCAUCUGGUUCUGUUAGAAGCUUUGGGCGCACGACAGACCAUCGGCCCACAGGAAAUGUUUAACGCAUGCGCCAAAGGAAACAUUGGUGCAAUAAACCAAAUGAUUCAGAGAAAGAAAGAUUUGGUUAAUAGCUGGUUUAAAUCCCUGACGCCUUUAAUGGUUGCUGGACAUGAAGGGCAUGUAGACAUCGUGAAGCUGUUGCUGCAGAAUGGGGCCAAUAUUAACGCGUCUAAUGACGACGGCAUGACGCCCUUACUAGUAUCUAUCAUAGGGAAAGAAGAGGAUACUUCGAUUUGUUUGAUCAGAAAUAAGGCCGACGUGAACGCUUGCAACAGACAUGGACGAAGUGCAGCACACCUGGCUGUUGAAAAAGAAUUAUAUUCAGUUCUAAAGGCUGUAUUAGAAGCCGGGGCAAGCCCAAACAAACAGGACGUAGAGGGAGACACUCCAUUACACGAUGCUAUUGGAAAAAGAAGUGACAGGGCAGUCGUCAUUUUGCUGAGUCAUCCACAAAUAAAUCUGAAACUUCUUAAUAAAAAAGGUCACAUACCUCUGAUGUGGGCUGCUUUUAAAGACCAUGAUUUUGCGGUUGAGCGAUUGGUUGGAAAGGAUUCGAGUCUGGUGAAUGCUAGGAAAAAUGACGGAUACACUGCUCUCCAUAUUGCCGCCAUUAAUGACCAUACAGACUCGGCCAAUGUUUUACUGCUGAAGGGUAAAGCUCAAAUUAAUGCAAAAUCUUCACAAGGCCUGACACCACUUCAUUUGGCUGCACAUGAGGGAUAUGACGGCAUGGCAAAAGUCUUAAUACUGAAUGGGGCGGAUCUGAACAUAAAAGACGGUGAUGGGGACACACCUUUACACCUGGCAUUAAUGGGACAACGGCAGACGACAGGGGGAAACGACCCGUUUCUUCGGCUCCUUGGUCUUACAGUCAACCCUAACGCUCAAAAUCAGGAGCGAUACAAUAUGGCGGUACUGAUGAUUCAGAAAGGCGCGGAUUACGAAGCCACGAACAACAGAGGGAACACGCCUCUAGAAGUCUGCCGGAAUGGAGAACUCCGUAGAGCAGUCAACAACUUCAUACAGAAAACGCGGGCUAGUAGACCAUCAACAGGUCGAGGCGGCGCCGCGGGACGACCAGCCACGGCUGCCAAUGUUUUACAGGAGCUGUUUGCUGAGCUGCCCAUCCCCUGUGUCCGGUGUAAGGACUCCACGGCCAACACCCGCCUCCUCCCCUGUAAACAUAAGGUCCUCUGUACCGGCUGCUGCUUCAGGGUCCAGCACUGCCCCAUGUGUCGUCAGCCUGUCCAGAACAGAUGUAAUCUUCAGGGGCAAAUCUUGGUGGACCCGUGCCAUGUGCAGUAAGAUAUGGGAUGGUAUAUUGUGAUAUGACGUUUUCUGUGAAAAUUGUCUCAUUUUAAAAAUGCUGUCACCACGACUUUCAGACAUACUGAUAUGUGAAACAGUAUGCCUAUAAACUUAUUAUUAAGCAUCGAUUGGUUUCAAGAAAGAUUUUUAUCAUCCUUGGACUAAUUUUGGGGUUAAUUUUACUAAAUACCAUCAUUACAUUGUAAAUAUUUAUGUAUUAUUGUUUGUAAGGAGAUCAAAAGUAUACAUUUCUUUUGGAAUUUUCUGUAACUGCUUUUGACCGUAUAUCUUUUUAAAGAUACAAAUAGAAUUGAAAAUUGCAAU